AUGCUCUCGCUCGCCGCUUCCGCGACGACGCUCGUCGGAGCCAACGCGGGCGCCUCCGCCGCCGCCGCCUCCACCCGCCGCGGCGGCGCGUCGCUGAGCGCGCGCGAUGCGACGGCGACGACGAAACCUUUGCGAUUCGUCGCGCGCGGGGCGUCGUCCGAUCGCGGGCGAGCGCUGACGACGCGCGUGAACGCGAAGUCGCUCGAGGAGAGGAUCGCGUCCGGGGAGUUCACGCAGAAGCGGAGCACCCCCGCGGAGAGCGUGCUGAACGGCAUCCGCGACGUGAUCAAAGACGUCCCGCAGAGUCGAGGCCUGUCCUACCAGCUCGCGAAGCUGUCGAGGAAGUGGAGGAAAGAGAGCAUGUCCAAGAUGCCCGUCGCCGCCGGCGACAUUCGAGAGAUCGCCGGGCAGCCCGUGUUCGUGCCGCUGUACAAGCUCUUCCUCGCGUACGGCGAGAUGUUCGUCCUCGCGAUCGGGCCCAAGAAGUUCGUCGUCGUGUCCGACAACGACGUCGCGCGCGAGAUGCUGAAGGAUCAGGCGACGUCGUUCAGCAAGGGGCUGCUCUCGGAGAUUCUCGAAUUCGUCAUGGGCACCGGGCUGAUCCCCGCGGACGGAGAGACGUGGAAAGUGCGAAGACGCACGGUCGUGCCGUCGCUGCACAAGAAGUACGUCGCGAGCAUGGUCGACAUGUUCGGCGACUGCGGCCUGAACGGAUCCGCGCAGCUCGCGCGGUCGGAGAUGAACGGCGACACGGUCGAGAUGGAAAACUUUUACUCGCGGCUCGCGCUCGACAUCAUCGGCAAAGCCGUGUUCAACUACGACUUCAACUCGCUGAAGAUGGACGACCCGGUGAUCAAGGCGGUGUACACCGUCCUGCGAGAGGCGGAGUACCGCAGCGUGACGUUCAUUCCGUACUGGAAAGUGCCUCCGCUGAGAUGGCUCGUCCCGAGGCAGAAGGCGUGCCAAGAAGCUCUGGUCGUCGUCAACGACACGCUCAACAUGCUCAUCGCGCGGACGAAAAAACUCGUCGAGGAGGAGGACGAGGAGUUCGUCGAGGAGUACCUGAACAAGGCGGACCCGUCGAUCCUGCACUUCCUCAUCGCGUCCGGAGACGACGUCACGUCUAAGCAACUCCGCGACGACCUCAUGACGCUGCUCAUCGCCGGCCACGAGACCACCGCCGCGGUGCUGACGUGGACGACGUACCUCCUCGCGACGCACCCGGAGAUCAAGGCUCGCGUGCAGGCGGAGGUGGACGAAGUCUGCGGCGAUCGUAACCCGACGAUCGCAGACAUGAUGGACCUGAAGUUCACGACGAGGGUGAUCAACGAGUCCAUGCGGCUGUACCCGCAGCCGCCGGUGCUCAUCCGCCGCGCGUUGGAGCCGGUGACGCUGGACGGGUACAAGAUCGACGCGGGGACGGAUUUUUUCAUCUCCGUGUGGAACCUGCACCGCAACCCGCGACUUUGGGAGAACCCGGAUAAGUUCGACCCGGACCGGUUCCCGAUCGAUCAGAAGAUGCCGAACGAGAUCACGGAGAACUUCGCGUACCUUCCGUUCGGAGGCGGGCAGCGGAAGUGCGUCGGCGAUCAGUUCGCGCUGUUCGAGAGCAUCAUCACGCUCGCGAUGGUGUGCCGCAGGUUCGACUUCGAGCUCGACGCGAAGUUUCAUCCCGACGGCGAGUGCGGGAUGACGACGGGGGCGACGAUUCACACGACGGGCGGUCUGCACGUCAAGCUGAAACGUCGCGACGGCGCGGGCGGGAACGAGAUGCUCGGUUCGAUUGACUGCGGCGACGGCGUCAAGUGCGCGUCGCUCGGCGAGCUCUCGGACGUGAACACCGGCGACGGGACCCCGGAGAGCGGCGCGGCGAGCUUCGACGAGGCCGAGCGCGCGCAGGCGAGAGACUUAAAAGAAGCCGCGGUCGUUCUCGGCGCGAAAACCGCGGGCGCGAGCGAGCUGAAGAGCGGCUCGGGGGGUGCGAAGGGCGAGAAGCCUUCGAUCGACGGCGCGGCGUUGGAGGAGGCGGUGAAGGAGGCGGAGGCGCUGUACGAGGCCGAGGCGGAGCGCGAGGCGGCGAUGAAGAAGGAGCUGGAGCAGAGUCUUUAGACCGAGAUGCACGGCGCGCGCCGCGCGCGCGCGGGCGGGCGGUCGCGCGGGGACCGGUGUGCGGGACGCGCGGCGGCGGCGACGGGGGAGAAGUGACGCGACGAUCGACCGAGGGUUGGUGGUUCAUCAGACGUCUUCUUUCGUUUAGAUCAACACCGCAACUAUCAACUUCAACUUCAACUUCAACAUCAACUUCAAC